UUUAUACUAUUUUUCACUAUAGUUUAAGUCGUGAACGAUUAAGAUGAUGUUUUCGAUUAGAACGGUACUGCUUUUAGUGACUUUAACAAAAGGAGAACCCGACAUAUUGUGUUAUCAAACAACCAAAUAUCCACCCCAGACUUUAUUUGGUUCAAUAAGUCCUUAUCCACUAGAUUCAAUAGAAAGCAUACAAAUACCGGAAAAAUGUCAGACUGCUCAAUUGUGGUUACUCUCUAGACAUGGUACUAGACAUCCUAGUGCAUCUAUCAUAUCAAAAAUAUCGUCUCUUUUGAAGUACAAUAUUUCAAAGACAAACAUGUGUGAAGAAGACAAAAUUGCAAUUAACAAUUGGAAACCCACAAAUUUGACUGAAGAAGACGCACAUGAGCUUAAUGAUCAGGGAAUCCUAGAUAUGUAUAGAUUUGGAAAGAGAAUCAGAAAAACAUUUAUCGAGUUAUUUAAUAAAUCUUAUGACUAUCAAGUACUUUCUUCCCCUAAAUCACGCUGUUUGUAUAGUGCCAAACAUUUUAUAAAUGGUCUGUUUAAUACCACAGUUAUUAAGGAUUUUGAUGAUAUACCUAUCCGUAAACCAAAUGAUACAAGAUUAGACUUGACAAUAGGGAGAUCUCUUAAACACGAUAAUUACACUGAUUGGUCAUCUCAAGUGAAUCAAUUUAAAAACAGUUUCAAUAUAAGAGAAGUGAUACGAAAUGUAAUUCAAAAAAUAAAAAAUGAUGAUAAAGAAAAUGAAUAUUUAGUUAUCGAUGACAUAUUGACUAUGCUUGAUUCAUGUAAAUAUGAGAAAACGUGGCAUCUUGAAACUCGUCCAGCUUGGUGUGCAGUAUUUUCACAAAAUGAUCUUCAAACUCUUGAAUAUUUGGAUGAUUUAAAGCGCUACUAUAAUAAUGCUUAUGGAAAUCAAGACAAUGAAUGGCUCGGCUGUCCAUUAGUAAAGGAUAUGAUUACGAGUUUUAAGAAAAAAAUUGAAAGAUCAGAAGGGCCAAAAGGAGUGUUUUAUUUUGGACAUUCCUCAAAUUUAUUAAGCUUAAUUACUCGGUUAGGAUUAUUUAACGACACUGAACCAAUAACUGCUGACAAUUUCGAUAAAAUGAAAAACAGAAAGUUCAGAGCUUCUUUUAUAGAUACAUUUGCUUCAAAUUUAAUGGUUGCCUUAUACAAAUGCGAAGAUGGAGAUUACAAAGUAUCAUUUUACAUAAAUGAAAAACCCGUGAAAUUUGGAGACGAGGAAGGAUGUUAUGAUUGCCCUUGGAAAAAAAUCGAAAAUCAAUUUAACUCGAUUAUUUCUGACAAAAAAUGUUUAUUUGAAAAUGAACAAUCCAGUUCUUCUAAUAUCUGUUAUAAAUCACUUUAUUUACUUUUUCUAUGCAUCUACGUAACUGUUAUGAAUAGAUUUAAUGAUUGAAAAACAAAAACCAAUUUUUUUUUUUUGAAUGAUCGAUUUUAUCAUAUAAUUGACAAACAUCACACAUGGUUGACGUCAUCAUGAAAACAAAUUCUUUGAAAACGAAACAAAAAUAAAGUUGUACACCUGCUAAUAAUUUAGAAUUUAAAUACUUCAAAAUAUUUUUUUAAUUAAAUAAUGUAAAUUUAGUUUUCAAUGAGUUGAAAAUUUAUUGAUAUUUUAAAUAAGUAGGCAAUUUAAAAAAAUGCACUAAGUCAUUACCGCAUUUAUUAAGUAAUAUAAUAUUAAAUAUUGUUUUUA